AUGUACGCCAAGUGCGGGAGCUUGGACUCCGCGCGCCGGGUGUUCGACCGCGCGAUGCCGGUCAGAUACGCGUCCGCCUGGACGGCCAUGAUCGCCGCGCACGCCGGCAGCGAGGACGCCAUCCACCUGUUCGACGAAGUGGUCGGCCGGGAAAAGCUCUCGCCCGACAGCUUGACCUUCACGUGCGCGCUCCACGCCUGCGCCCACUCGGGCAUGGCCGAGCGGGGCCUCAAGCUGUUCGACGAAAUGCCGAGCGUGUACGGAAUCAAACCGAGAAUGGAGCACUACGGCGCAAUCGUGGAUUUGUUAGGCCGCGCCGGGCACAUAGACGUGGCGGAGCGCGUUGUGAGCUCGAUGCCCUUCGAGCCUAACCACGCCGUGUGUGGCGCAUUGCUCCACGCCUGGGCGCACAAUGCUGACCCUGCUCUCGCAGAGAAGUUGGGGAAGCGCAUAUCGGAACUAGGAUUAGGAUUAGGAUUAGGAUUCGACGUAGGCGUUUCGAACUUGUACGCUAUAGUUGGAAGGUGGGAGGAGGUUGGGGAGGUGAGGGAUAGGAUGGUGGAGAGAGGGGUGCAAAAGGAGAAGGGGUUUAGCUCGGUUGAGGUGAAUGGGGAGGUGGUUAAGUUCUUGGUGGGAGAUGUUAGGCACCCGUUAACGUUAGAGAUAUAG